AUGGAUGUUAGUACUGGAGCAUGGUCUGAGAUUGUCAUCGAGCCAAUAGUGGAGCCCCGGAGGAUGUCCACGUGUGUCCGAGAUAAGGAUAUAAUCCAGUCUCUGGAAGGAGUGGUGGAUCUGGGCGGCUUAUUCUUCGAAGAAACCGACCACGGCUCCUUGCGAGGUAAAGGCGGUAAAUGCUUGGCGGAGCUGUCUAGUGGCAGCCAGGAAUCAACUGUUAUGGAGUCAGUUCCCAACAGCUUCCAGGCUUCAGGUGACAAUGAACUGAUUUUAAGAGAACCGGAUGUGAACACUGUCCAAGUCAAUGAGAAGGUUAGGAAACUAAAGGCCUUUAAGGAGCAGAUCCCGGUUAAAGAGGUGACUCUGGAAUUGUCAGACAAGAACUAUCUGACGAAGAGAGAUGGCACUUGGCACGCACAUCUGAAAAUUCAUCGCAUGGUACAGCUGAAUGGUCAACCGGCUCCUGAAGCCGCCCCCCCAGAGCAUGACGGAGACAUUAACAAGGCUGUAUUGUUUGAGAGGCUGCUGGGCUCAGAAGUGCAGCCAGUAAAAUUCUCUGCACCCAGUUCCAAGACCAUGUUGAUGAAAGAACUGCAUGGAGAUCACCAGUCUAUCAGUGGUUUCCGCAGGAAAUCUUCCCUCAAGAACCCGAUUCCUGCAUCGUGGAGUCAGUACCCCUUCCUGGCCUCUAAGCCCACUUCUCCUACUGAGAAACUGGUCUACUAUCCUUUCCCUCAGAAAAAAAAUCCUCGCAUUUCAGAGGCUGCCAGGAAACUGGGUUUAUACGUAACACAUUAAAGUCAAUGUUUGGAAAUCCAUCAAACUGCAAUGUGACCUUCACACAAACUUUCGUAUUUCGUUUAGUAUUUGCUUGCACCUUACUUUUAUAGAGUGAAUAAUUGAUCUUGGGCUGGUGACUAAUACAUCUGUUACAAUAUUUUAAAGGGCCUCUUUUACUAAGGCCUGAGUGCAUAAAAUGAUAGUAUCUACCAGAUACCCCAACAGAGGUCCAUUAGUGGGAGCAUGUUCAUCUCCUAAUCUGCCCAUGAAGUUCACUGGAUGCUAUUUGCACUGAGCCCUCGCAGCCAGUUAUAAGUGGGUACUUUGGGAUAAUGCACCCACUAGCUUGGCUCUAUUUAGACAUUUUGUAAAUGCCUUAAAGGGGUUCUCCAGCUUUUUAACAUAUUUUGACUCCCCCUUCCACCCUGCCCUACCUGUGGAGGAAAGCAUACUUACCUGCUCCCAGGUUCUGGUCCUUCUGUUUGUCUUGCUCCAGCCCCUGCUUAUAAACUUACAGCAUGGAAGGGGGUCCUGUGUGCUGCUGCAGGCGAUGACUGGCUGCAGUGGUGACAUGUCCCCUGUCCUUGGCGGAAGUUUAUAUGCAGGGACUAAAGAAGCUGUCACUGAACAGCAGGGAAGAGGUAAGUAUGCUUCCCUCUACAACUUCCCACAGAGGGGGGAACCAAAAAACUGUUUAAAAGCUUGGUGAACCCCUUUAAAGGGGUAGUGACAUUAUAGAUUUAAAUGGGUUGUCGGAAGCCGGAAAACACAGGAGGUCUGGCUACAAUAAAGAAGUGUUCACUGCUUAUCUGGCAGAUCCCUGGCCGGAUCUACUUACCUCAGCAGUGCACUAGAGAGGCCAGUGACUGGCUGCAGCAGUCAAGUGUUGUCGACGUGAUGUCACCUCUGCAGCCAGGUAAACAGAUCAAAGCCGGGAGAAAAGGAGCAGCAGCGCAGAAUCUGACAGGUAAGUAAUAAUCACUUCUUUAUUAUAGGCAUAUUCCCUGUGUUGUUCGGUUUCCUCCAAAAACUGGACAACCCCCUUAGGCCUCCUGCACACGAACGUGUGUGCCCUGUGGUCGUGCUGCGGCCCGAAAAUUGCGGGCCACAAUGCACGAACACCGUCCGUGGGGCAGC